AUGAGCCUGACAGCAAGAAUGCGUCCUGCAAGCUAACACACGUCUGCAGAUAACAAAACGUCCAACAGGCUUUCAUUGCAGUGUGAGAGAGAUCUGCUGAGGGGAGAUGAGAGGAUACAGAGCAAUAAAGUACACUUUAUUCAUCUGCUGCCACGUUUUCUGGGUAGUGAGCGCCGUGCUCGUAGCGGUCGGGAUCUACGCCAAGAUUGCAAAGGAGAAAGAUGUGGUUGACACCCUGAUGUUGGAUCCAGCUCUGCUCCUGAUCGUCGUUGGCGCUGCGAUGUUUCUCAUCACGUUCCUCGGAUGUUUCGGGGCCUUGCGUAACGCCACCUGCCUGCUGAAGACGUUUCUGGGGAUCCUGGUGGGCAUCCUCCUCCUGCAGAUUGCUGCUGGCGUCGUGGGAUACCUCUUCACUGACAUGGUGAUGGAGAGGACAGAGACGCUGAUGAUGAAGGCCAUUGUCCGCUACAGGGAGGACCAGGACCUGGAGAAUGCCAUCGACUUCAUCCAGAAGAAGUUUCAGUGCUGCGGGGUUGAGAGCUAUAAGGACUGGUCCCGUAAUGUCUACUUUGAGUGUAUGGACACAAACCCCAGUCUGGAAGCCUGCGGAGUUCCCUUCUCCUGCUGCAUUAACCUGCUGAACCAGACGGUGGUGAACACCAUGUGUGGUUAUGGGAUGCAGCCGCUGCAGGAGAGCAUGGCCGGGCUGAGCGUCUUCACCAUGGGCUGCCUGGAGAAGAUAGUCUGGUGGGCAAAACACAACUUGCUGCUGGUGGCCGGCCUGACCGCCGGGCUGCUGCUGCUCGAGGUCUGCAUGAUCUGCUUGGCCGCAGCCCAAAUCUCCAGGAUAAAGAAAGUACAUCAGCUUAAGAACGCGAAAGCACUCAGAAGCCGGUUGGAAAGGAAGGACAGCUACUGGUCUCCUGCUUUUGCAGACUUUGAUGAAAGUGAUCGUCGAGAUCGAGAUAAAUAAUUACUGACAGAUUUAUCUGGGUUAAGGGACUUUCGUUCGUUUUAGGUCAAAAUGAAAACAUCUGGGUGUUGAUCAAAUUAUGCGAGACAUGCUGUUUACUGUGAAUUUCUAGUUUGAUAUACUAGUAAGGGGAACAGGUCCAUGUUCUUGCACUGUAACGUCUUAACAAUACUAAUAGUGUUGACGGUGGAACUACUACCUCAUGUAAAAUCCUUUAAAAACCAAUUUAUUUGUCAUUAACAUUAUAUAUAUAGAUAUAUCUAUAUCCAUAAUUCACAAGUAUCCCAGAGAAUGUUUUGUAUACUACCAAAGUGGUAAACUAAAGGGUGGAGGUUAAAUGUGAUCAAAAAAGUAAAAGUCAGUGUAAUAUUAUGAUUCCUAUAGAGGCCACAAAUGUAUUCACACCCCUAAAUAAGACGUUGUGGAUACUCAUGACACACGCUUUGCUUUAAGUCCACUUGAAACACUUCAUGGCCCCAUUUUGCAAUGUUGAGUUUAAAGCUCCAGAACAAGAACAAGCCUCUUUUAUCUCAUUAAUAACUAACGUAGGAGUUGAAACAAAGUGACACAACUUUUUGUAAAUGUCCUUGAGUAGAGCGUGCAAACCCAGGAGACCCUCGGUAAACCAAAUCAAUCCCUGUUGUUCCUCCCUCACUGGUUGAGUCUUCAUUGUGACUUUAAUCUGUGGUGGAGGAUUAGCUGGUGAAACACCUGUGGCUGCAUGACGUCACAAGGAUUCAGUCCUGUAGGCCCCCACGUUCGCUUUAUUGGAUUACAGUGCUUUGCUAUUGCAUUCGAAUUAGCAACCGCAGUGUAGUGACGAUGUCCUUUUCUACUUCCAUGUGUCCCCUCUGGACUUUUCUAAUGUCUUUGUGCUUAAUGUGGGAUAGUUUAAAUGGUAUUUUUCAUUACAAUUUAUCUUUGAUACCAUCAGCAAUAAUCACCUUGCUGCACCCGAGUGACAGUGUUUUGAAAUAGAAGUUAAAACGGUUGGUAAGGUCAAGAAAUGAGCAGUCCGAUCCCAGGAUAUCAAGCAAAUUAGCUUUGAGGCUUUAUAGAUGUUGCUAGCAACGGCUGAACGGCUUCCUCUGUAUAAAAUUAUUGGCCCAAGCCCAUUGCGCUUACCCUGAACUCCGCUAUUAGGGAAAUUUACAACUUUUAUGGCAGAAACGUAUGAAAUGCAUUGUUUCUCAAAAUGAUUAAGAACAGGGGCUAUUUACACAGUAAGAAAAACAACCAGCUGCCGUUUUGAAGCUUCAAGUUGUCAUCUUGGGUUACUGCCAUCGCCAUGUUGUUGUUUUCGCAACAAUGAGCGGAGGUUACCUCAUUUGUAGUGUGGAGGAUUGACAUAGAGACGCCAGGUACAGCUGUGGUAGCGCGAGUGAACAGGCACCAUACGCCCAACGAGUGUUUAUAAUGUUUACCAAUGGAAAAAAUCAAGUGACGGGCAGUGUUAUUUUCACAUAGACUUCAGAUUACUUGUUGCAACGAGAGGAGUCAACCCCUGCUGGUCAGCAGGGAGAAUGCAUGCACUAACACAUUUCCACUCCGGCUUCACUCGGUGGAACCGGAGGUUGCCGUGUGGUUCGGACAUGUCUUUAUAAAUCUCGGAAAGAUAGCAUCAUCAAAAUUAAUAUUAAAAUAUUUAUUUUUCAAAAACAAACAAAUUCAAUAAAAAUACUUGACUAUUUCAUAUAAAAAGUGUUUUGAAAAUGCUGUAGUUUGUCAGUGUGCAUUGGCAGAUAAACAUUGAGGUUUGUGGAUUAAAACAACAGACGGUCCACGCUCAUUAAGGCAGGUCUAUGUUUUCACUAAAAUGAUUUGAAUAUUAGGUAUCAUGAGUUUUAGUGUCUUUAAAGGUAUUUCAUUUAUCCUAACCGUCUUAAUCUAAACCAUAAUUUUUAGUAACUUGUAAGUGAAAACAAUUUUGCAGCAAUUAAAUAAAAAGCCAACAUUUAGUUACCUCAAAGUGUUGGUCGAUCUCAGAUGUAGCUAAAUCCUUUGUAAACAACUUGAGGUAACACCAUUAAGUGAUUGAGUUGUAACUAAACCCAAACAAGCAUCUGUUCGUGGGAACCAACUCUGGUAAAAUGUCCAUAAUCCCAACAGCACUUUGUUCCCCUUCCAACACAAGUCAAGACAAAUACAAUAGGAAGAAAUAAUGCCGCUUCAAGUGAAGCCAGUUCAAACGCAUGCCAGCAUGCUGUGAAAUACAAACGACACAGAGAAAGAAGAAAGUUGAGUCUGCAAGAUGAAGGGCACUUGGAUGCCGUUGGAUUGGACAGAUAAGCCUUUAACCCUUCAACCAAGUCUGAGUGCAGGCAGGAAUGACCACCCGCCAAUCAAAUACAUAGUUCAGGUUUGUUGAACUUUCAGAGAGAGCAAAAGUGUUGUAAACUUGAGGAACAAAUAGCAGCAC